CACCAGUCUUGCUCCUUCUGAUUGUCAGAGGACUUCUCGUCUCUGGCAACUUGUAGAGGGGAGAAACCAAGGUGCUGUGCUGCUCUUUUACGAAACAGGCCUGCCAUCAUACCGGCUGUGCUGGAAUCUGCAACUUCAAUGAGUUAGUUUCCAUGGAAAUCUUGAGUGCUAAAAGAUCCAACAAUGCUACCUCUUGCUGCCUUGGAGAUAUUUCGUGCAAGGUGCCUUCAGUGGCUAGCAAUUUCUGGUUCUGUGAGAGCUUUGCAUAAAGAUUACCGAACAGCAACUCCUCAGAAUUUUUCCAGCUAUGAGUCCAUGAAACAAGACUUCAAACUGGAGAUUCCAGAGUAUUUCAAUUUUGCUGAAGAUAUCCUGGACCAGUGGACCAAUAUGGAAAAGGUUGGAAAGAGACCUUCCAAUCCAGCUUUCUGGUGGAUAAAUGGAAAUGGAGAAGAGGUGAGGUGGAGUUUUGAGGAACUGGGAUCAUUAUCCAGGAAAUUUGCCAACAUACUAACAGAAGCUUGUUCCCUGAAAAGGGGAGAUCCAGUAAUUGUGAUUCUGCCCAAGAUUCCAGAGUGGUGGCUUGCAAAUGUGGCCUGUUUGCGAACAGGGACAGUUUUAAUUCCGGGAACCACCCAGCUGACCCAGAAAGACAUACUCUACAGACUACAAUCUUCAAAAGCAAAGUGCAUUAUCACCGAUGAUAUAUUAGCUCCAGCAGUAGAUGCUAUUGCAUCCAAAUGUGAAAAUCUGCACUCCAAGCUAAUUGUGUCUCAGAAGUCCAGACAGGGGUGGGGGAACCUCAAGGAGAUGAUGAAGUGUGCCAGUGACAACCACAGCUGUGUGAAGACUAAACACAAUGAGAUGAUGGCCAUUUACUUUACCAGUGGAACAACUGGAAUGCCGAAGAUGAUCGGACACACCCACAGCAGUUUUGGUUUAGGAUUAUCUGUAAAUGGAAGGUAUUGGCUGGAUUUGACACCUUUGGACGUGAUGUGGAAUACCUCAGACACAGGCUGGGCAAAGUCUGCAUGGAGCAGUGUUUUUUCUCCAUGGAUCCAAGGAGCCUGUGUAUUUGCCCAUCAUUUGCCUCGUUUUGAACCAGCUUCCAUCUUACAAACACUAUCUGAGUUUCCCAUCACAGUCUUUUGUUCAGCACCCACUGCAUACCGAAUGCUUGUACAGAAUAAUAUAAAAAGCUGGAAAUUCAGAAGUUUAAAGCACUGUGUGAGUGCUGGGGAACCAAUCAACGCUGAGGUGACUGAACAGUGGAGAAACAGUACGGGCCUGGAUAUCUAUGAAGGAUACGGACAGACAGAAACGGUGCUAAUCUGUGGAAAUUUUAAGGGAAUGAAAAUUAAGCCUGGCUCAAUGGGAAAACCUUCUCCUGCUUUUGAUGUUAAGAUUUUAGAUGAAAAUGGCAAUGUUCUACCUCCCGGACAAGAAGGAGAUAUUGGUCUUCAAGUUCUACCUAACCGACCAUGUGGCCUUUUUACUCAUUAUGUAGAUGAUCCUUCAAAAACAGCUUCAACUCAACGAGGCAAUUUCUAUAUCACUGGGGACAGAGGGUAUAUGGAUGAAGAUGGAUAUUUCUGGUUUGUUUCAAGAUCAGAUGAUAUCAUAUUAUCCUCUGGUUACCGAAUUGGACCAUUUGAAGUAGAAAGUGCCCUGAUGGAGCACCCUUCAGUUGCAGAGUCAGCUGUUGUCAGUAGCCCAGACCCCAUCAGAGGAGAGGUAGUAAAGGCUUUUAUUGUUCUGAAUGCUGAUUACAAAUCACAUGAUCAAGAGCAACUGAUAAAGGAGAUUCAGGAGCAUGUAAAAAAAACUACAGCACCUUACAAAUAUCCCAGAAAGGUAGAAUUCAUUGAAGAGCUGCCAAAGACCAUCAGUGGAAAGAUAAAAAGAAAUGAACUUAGGGAAAAAGAAUGGAAAACAAUUUAAAUUUAUUCCAUUAAUUAUUAUAGCAUCUAUGAAACAAACAUGGUAUCUAUAAAUCUAUGGAAACCAUAAGAUUAUGAAGAGGUGGUAAAAAUAUAUGGUAGAAUGCUUACAAACUGUUGAGUGAAGACAUUUUACGGUUAUGACAUCAGAUUUUGAAAUAAAAUAUUCACUAAAUUA